AGACUGCGGUCUUAACGCAUGGACUCAUUUCAUUUCACUUCUCUAAAUCAAAAUCAAAGUUUGGUUUGUUAUUAUUCCUUACUGAGUGGGGCAAGCGAAGCGAGUUUUGUGAGUCCGAAGUUCCUCCUGAGACCAAUGGAAAGAGAAGCUGGUGGUGGGUACAGAGGAAGAGGAAGAGGUGGUGCUAGGGGAAGUGCUGCUGGAGAAGGAGCUGGUAGAGGAAGAGGGAGGGGUCCUCCUUGGCAUGGUGCAACUCAGGUGUGGUCGAAACAACAACAACCACCACCACGACCAAGACACCCACAGCCACAGCCACAGCCACAGCCACAGCCACAUGUGGGUGUUGGUGGUGGUGGUGGUCCUCUGGGGAGUCAAUUGGUGGGUCCCACGUCUGAGGGGUCGAGCUGGGCCAGCAAGGUUGGCGGUGCUAGCGGUAGCGGUAGUAGUGGAGGAAGAGUAGUGAGAAGCCAGGGUAACAAUAAGUGGGUGGAAGUGGGACACACUGCCCCAUCUAUUCCUUCUCAGACUCGGCCUCAGCCUCAGUCUCAGCCUCCUCCUCCUGUCACUGAUCCUAUUGUUGAAAAAUUGAAAUUAAAAGAAAUUUCAGAAGAUUCAGAGAAGAUUAUCCCUUUAAAACGACCUGAUAAAGGUGGCAUGCUUGCUAUAAGGACUGUUGGACUUUGUGCCAAUCAUUUUCUUGUCAAAUUCAACCCAAAUAUUAUUAUAAUGCACUAUGGUGUUGAUGUCAAACCCGCAGUGCCCCCCAGGAAUGGUCGACCUGUGAGAAUAUCAAAAUCUGUUCUUUCAGUAAUUAGAAACAAAUUAUCUUCUGAUGAUCCUGCACAAUUUCCCUCGUCAAGGACUGUAUAUGAUGAUGUGAAGAACAUAUUCAGUGUCGUACCAUUGCCCACUGAAAAAAUUGAUCUGGAAGUCCAUGAGGGUGAAGUCAUGAAGGGUGGUUCAUACGUAGUUACCAUAAAUCUUGUGAAUGAGCUUAAGUUUGGCAAGUUGAAGGAUUACUUAAAUGGACAACUCUUGUCAAUCCCCCGAGAUGUAUUACAUGGAAUGGAUGUUGUAAUGAAGGAGAAUCCAUCUAGGCACAUGAGCACUUUUGGGCGGAGUUUUUUCCCUAGAGAGCCUAGGGAAGGAGAUGAUCUUGGGUGGGGCAUCACAGCAUCUAGAGGAUUUCAACAUAGCCUAAAGUCCACGUCCCAGGGUCUAGCACUCUGUGGAAACUACUCAGUUCUGGCAUUUCAGAAGAAAAUGUCAGUUCUAGAUUUCCUCUGGGAGCAUAUUCCAAACUUUGAUAUAGAUAAUUUCCGAAGGUUUAGGAGAGAUGUAAAGGAUGCAUUGGGGGGUCUCAAAGUUAACUUUACUCACUGGAAUAACAGACAAAAAUACAUAAUUCGGGGGUCAACAAGGGAGAAUACACGAGAAGUAUCAAUCAUUAAGGAAGACCCAGAAUGCCAGAAUCCACCUAGACAAGUUAGAAUUGUUGACUAUUUCAGGGAGAAAUAUCCUUGGUGGCACUAGUGAUAAGUUCUUCAAAAUGGUACCCGCAUUUCUAUCCAAAUGCUCCUUUGGAUACCUUUGCCCCUCAACUAAGACACAGAACUCCAUUGGUACAGCUUUUUUAUUAUUGGCUUUUCCUAAAUCCAAGCAGGAA